GAUGUCCACACGGAGAGGGUGCUGUGUGUUUAGAAGGGGUCUUCAUUAAGGCACUGCAGUUUAUAACUCAAAGACACUUUCUAGGCGGAACUACUGUUUGUGUGUGUGGCUGUCUGGUUGUGUGUGUGCGUGCGUGUGUGUGUGUGUGAGGGGAAAGUGCAUCAUUGCAACAGAAGGACUCUUGACAACAUUGGCAGGAACAGCCUACCAUUGAUUCUUGGUUUCUGUGAGGACAGCCCUUCUUCCUCCUCCCUGUCAGUGCAGUGCUGCUCUGUGUGGAUGUGCUCCAUGCAGCUCAAGGUGACUCAGGAUCCUGAGACGGCACCAGGGAUCACCCCAAUUUCAGCCCAGGACGGGAAGAGGCAGGUGGGCUUCCAUUUCCACGCCUUCCCCCUGCAUGUGGAGGAGUGACAGCAGGACCACCGGAAGGGUUCAGGAGGAUAUGAGGCCUUGACAGCGUUUAGCACCCUCCACUGCACUGACAGCCACGGACGUGGAAGUGGCUAACCCUGGGGGGAGGAGAGAGGGAGAGGGGGAGGAGAUGGGCCUGGCCUCGGAGCAGGAGGAGAGCGAGCAGGACCAGGAGGAGAGUGAGGGAGAGAUGGAGAGCUAUCGCAGCCUGCUGCAGGCUGGCUCUGAGCUGGAGAGCACUCUGCAACAGGUGUCUGUACCUAUGUGUAUGAAGGAGGUGGGAGGUUUUAUAGAGAAGCAGGUGGCCUACAUCUCAGGUGGCCGCGGCGAGGAUUCCAGCGUCAUCAUCACCCUCCCAGAAUGCUCUGCUUUCAGUGAUAUUCCAGAGGAAUCUUUAGCCAAAGUCUUGACAUACCUCACACUGAUACCUCGAGCUCGGCAGCCAGGCGUCAAAUUUAUCAUCAUUUUAGACCGAAGGUUGGAUACUUGGAGUUCAAUCAAAACUGCACUUGCCAGAAUUGCGGCCUCCUUCCCUGGGAACCUCCACCUGGUCCUGGUGCUGCGCCCCACCAGCUUCUUCCAACGCACCGUCACAGACAUCGGCUUCCGUUUCAGCCAGGAGGACUUCAUGCUCAAGAUGCCCGUGGUGAUGCUGAGCUCCGUCACAGACCUGCUGCACUACAUCGAUGAGAACCAGCUGACCUCGGAGUUCGGGGGCACUCUAGACUACUGUCACAGUGACUGGAUCGUCUUACGGACGGCCAUCGAGAGUUUUGCAGUGACAGUGAAGGACAUCGCCCAGAUGCUGCAGGCCUUCGGCACAGAGCUGGCGGAGACCGAUCUGCCUGACGAGGGCAGCGCUAUAGAGCACCUCCUCCGCUCACACACAGAGAAGUACAGGAAGCUCAAGGAGGCGAUACGGUCCGUGUCAAAGGAAGGGCGCCACCUACUGUCCAGCCUGGAAGCUUCUGGAAAGGAGGCGGACUGCCACUGGGAUGUGAGGCUGGACUGGGAGACUGUCCAGAGGCUGCUGGCUCAGCUUAGAGACAUGGAGUCCGCCUUCGAUGGCUUCUUUGAGAAGCACCACCUGAAACUGCAGCAGUACCUGCAGCUGCUCCGCUACGAGAGCAGCUUUCAGCAGAUGGAUCUGUGUCUGGAGCGUCUGUCGGUCCAGGAGAGGGCGCUGGUGCUGAGCGGAGACUCUCUGGCUCAGACAGAACAGACUCUCAGAGAACUGGACAGCCUUCAGAACCAGGCCCAGGAGGAGAUGGGCCGUGCCCAGAUCCUCAUCCUCCACGGCCACCAGCUGGCCGCCAGCCACCACUACGCCAUGGCCCUGAUCGUACAGCGCUGUAACGAGCUGCGCCACCACUGUGACACGCUGAGCGCCUCGCUCCGGGCCAAACACACACACCUCGCACACACACACGAGCUGCUCCUACGCCUCGACCAGGCUCUGACCUGGUGUGAUGCGGGGGCCUACCUCUUAGCCAAUCAGCUGGUCGAUAAGUUCCAGUCGAAGGAGGGCGCCCAGGCUGCGCUGAAGGACAUUGAGAAGUUCCUGGAGGGGGCGCCGUCCCUGUUGAGCUCCAGGCCUGAUCUCCUCUCCAUGGAGUUCGAGGCUGUCAUCACCACGGAACUCCAGGCUCAGAUUGAGAGGACGUUUGAGAAGCACACAGCGGUGCAGGAGCUCGUCCAGAACAGACAGGUCUGCCUGAGGAAACUAGCUGACAAGCAUGUCCGCCCAGUCCAGCUGGUGGCUCCUCGUCCAGAGAACCCCCCACGCUCCAAGUCCCCCCUCUUCUCCCCCAAACAUGGCGUGGAUGGUCUGAAGUUCACCUUCGAUCUUUCUCUACCUGGGAAGAGGACGUCACGGAAGAGCCCCAACUCCAGGAAGAUUGAGGUGAUGCACGACUACCAGGAGAACAGGGUCUGUCUGUCCUACACCCUGGAGGGGGACGACAGCCCUGACCUGCAGAAACGCCGCGUAAUGAGGGAGCUGAUUGAGACAGAGAGAGUGUAUGUUGAGGAGCUUCUCUCUGUGUUACUGGGCUACAGGGCUGAGAUGGACAACCCAGCCCUAUCAGGACUCCUGCCCCCACUCCUACAUAGCAAGAGAGACAUCUUGUUUGGCAACAUGCCUGAGAUCUACAACUUCCACAGCAGGGUGUUCCUCCAGGAUCUGGAGAGCUGUCUGGAGGCCCCCGAGCGGGUAGGGGCCUGUUUCCUGGAACGGAAGGAGAGCUUCCAGGUGUAUGAGUGCUACUGUCAGAACAAACCUCGCUCGGAGACUCUGUGGAGGCAGUUCUCGGACUGUGCGUUUUUCCAGGAGUGUCAGAAGAAACUGGAGCACAAACUGGGCCUGGAUUCUUACCUUCUGAAGCCAGUCCAGCGCCUGACCAAGUACCAGCUACUACUAAAGGAGCUGUUAAAGUACAGCACAGGCAGUGAGAGGACCUCCGAGCUGCAGGGGGCGCUAGCAGCCAUGCUGGAGCUGCUCAAGUCAGUUAACGACUCCAUGCAUCAGAUCGCCAUCACAGGCUAUGAGGGAGAGUUGAGCGACCUGGGCCGAGUGUUGAUGCAGGGCUCCUUCAGUGUGUGGAUCAGCCACAAGAAGGGGCCCACCAGGAUGAAGGAGCUGGCUCGCUUCAAGCCCAUGCAGCGUCACCUGUUCCUGUACGAGAGGGCCCUGCUCUUCUGCAAGCGCAGGGAGGAGCACGGAGAGGGCUGUGACAAGACCCCCUCCUACAGCUUCAAGCACUGUCUCAAGAUGAGCGCGGUGGGGAUCACGGAGAACGUCAAGGGGGACGUGAAGAAGUUUGAGAUCUGGUACAGUGGCAGAGAGGAGGUCUACGUGGUGCAGGCGCCCACAGUGGAGGUGAAGAUGGCCUGGCUUAAUGAGCUACGCAGGAUCCUCACCAGCCAACAGAAACUUCUCAAAGACGAGUCGUGUCAACCCGGCCAAACAGUCGACCACAUCCAGCUGUCUCCUCCCCGGUCUGAGAGCAAACAGCAGAGGGCGUCAGUGAGCUCUGAGGAGACAGAGUCAGGCCGGAGCAGCCCAGACCCCCAGCCCCACUCCCCACAACACCAGCGCAACCGCAGGAGCUGGCCUGGUGCUCCUCACUCAGUAGACAUCUGUGAGGGUCUGGAGGACUGGGGUGGAGGUCUGGACCCCUCCCAGCUGUCUGACACCGAGGAGGACGACCUUCUCACGCUGUCACCAGGCAGGUACAGGGCCCUCGCUGACCUUCCCCGCCACGAGACCGACAACCUCACCAUCAAGAGCGGUGAUGUCAUCCAGCUGCAGAACGAAGACGCCACUGGCCAAUGGCUGGUGAAGAACCUGAGUCGCAGACAGCAGGGCCUCAUCCCCCCCGCCAGCCUGCUGCUGAUCCUGGGAGAUAGCAGCAGGGGACCCUCCUUCAGACUGGGGGAUCCAGGGAAUUUGAAAGGCAGAAAGCUCAGCUCUCCCUAGUGGAGACAAACCUGGAUCCCAGUGUGAGCGAUGGCUCUAUGGACAGACACACUGAAAAAGGAGUACCCUCAAACCGACCCACACAUCUUCCCUGUCUGCUGUCAUCGGCUCAUCGCUCUGGUCUCUAAGAGAAGAACAAUGGAGUCUGAGGAUCAACAGCAAAACUGAUGUUAGCUGAUCCAUGCAGAUGACAGGUUGGCUGGUACUUUUUUAUGGAUCAUUACUUAUGGACCUGGUGUGUUCUCUCAUGAUGGACACACUUUAGACAGCAGAGGGCUGUACCAGCACAAAGACACAGGUGGUGUGGGUCCUGUUGGACAAUCAACUGCCCUCUUCUGGGCCAACGCUUUUAUCUUCCACUUCCUCUUGGAAACAACCAAUGGCCUUUUCUGAUUGGUUAGUGUAGCAGAAACGGGAAACUACUGGACAUCUAUGAACUCUACCUCCUGACUUACUGAAGAGGUUCAUAACCAACAUGGCUAAUCAGUCAUACUGCGGUUGUUGUGUGUAUGUAUGUGUGUGUGUGUGUGUUUUGUCUGUGCAGGUUUCACCUGAAUGGUUUCUUAAAAAGAAGAUUUUUGUACAUAUGGUACAUCCCUCAUUUACAUUGCGUAUUCUUUUACCUGAAGGUUUGUACGUGUUGUUGGUUGAUAUUAAUUUACUCUUAUACACCCAUCAUAUGUACCCAACCACUCAUUUCUAGGGCACCCUACUCUUACACUCUGAUAAGAGUCUGAAUGCCAAAACGUGCCGUGCCAUAAUGCCUUUUUAUUCCUUCUUAUUUUAGUCUCAGUAUUCUCUUUGAGAAGCUUGGUGUUGCUAAGCAAUAUCUAAUGCUCUUUUGCUUCUGGCUGAACUCACAACUAUGCUAACUUGCACUUUAUUUAAGGCGGAAGGUCAAUGUUGAAAAAAAAAGAAAGGCAUUUCCUGGUUUAGCCAGAAGACUUUACGCCAUGGAGCAGUGUAACUGUGUACUGUAUCCUAUCCUUCAUGUCACUCAUAUAGUACCUCCAUUUCACAUCCAGGCUGACUGUGUGUCAGUAGGGAUGCAGGCCUGCAUAACAACAUUGGUUCACCUGUCACGGAGUGUAAAUUCAGACAUCCGAGGAGAUGAUGAUGAUGGAUAGGAGUGUAUUCAUCAGCCCUGAGCUGUGCUUUAGAGGGCUGGGAGGCUCUGCUAGCAGCAUGGAGCCACACACUGCUGUCGUUCCCCUCCAGAUAGGGAGUUGUUUCUCCAUGACAGCACAACAGAGAGAGGCAGAGCACGAGAAAAAUGUUCUCUCUCUGCCUCUCGCUCUCUCUGUGCCUCUACAUAGCAGAGGCAGUCUUCUGCCUCGCUGCCACGGCAAGGCAGUUUAUCUUGGGCUUCCCAUUAAGGGGGAUCAUACAGCAAACAUGAAGUAUACCAACUGUGUCGAACGCUUAAUUAAAUAUUGAUUGCGGACUUAUAUGAAUUUACCACAUCAAAUCAAGGCCUCAGUUGGUGGGCUGCCUUUGAUAUGUCGCGUUUGAUGUGGAAAUGAGCAUGAAUAGCAGCAGGAGUCGCUCCACACUACACAUUUCGUAUGUUAUUAAUUUAUUUAUUUGCUAUCAAGUUGUUCCCUCGCAGCAUGAGCUAGCUAUGCAGCCCCGUGAAAUCAUGUCUUUAUAACGUUAAAAGGAGCAACGCUCGACUGCAUCGCUGCUCAUCAUCAGCUUUUCUUCACCAUUCUUAAAGGGAUAGAUUUGCUGUUAGAAGUCUUUUUUUUGGUGCCUUUAUUGCAACCCCUAGACCUAAAUGCUGCACAUUUUGCACUGAACCCUGAUGUUCGAAAAUGUUAACGAAAAAUGGCUGGAAAAUGCUGUGUCUUGACAAGCGCUGUUGGCUUGUCUCUGAAUAUUUCUUUUUGGAGGCAAAACGCAUGGUACCUGAAUACUGAACAAACUGAGAAGAUAUAAGAUUUUUAUUGUUUCAAAAGUCAUUGUUACCAAUUGGUUAUUUUGUACAGCUUCAAUAUUGUACAUAGACAAAUAAAAGUAUUUAUUGAACAUUG